AUGUAUCUGUGGGGAAUCUCUGUUGUUCUUGCUGAGUUUGUUGAGUUGAUUGAGUUUGAUGACUUGAUUGAAUUUGAUGAGUUGAUUGAGUUGGAUGAGUUGAAUGAAUUGGUUGAGUUGGAUGAGUUGAAUGAAUUGGUUGAUUUGGAUGAGUUGAAUGAAUUGGUUGAUUUGGAUGAGUUGAAUGAAUUGGUUGAGUUGGAUGAGUUGAAUGAAUUGGUUGAGUUGGAUGAGUUGAAUGAAUUGGUUGAGUUGGAUGAGUUGAAUGAAUUGGUUGAUUUGGAUGAGUUGAAUGAAUUGGUUGAGUUGGAUGAGUUGAAUGAAUUGGUUGAUUUGGAUGAGUUGAAUGAAUUGGUUGAUUUGGAUGAGUUGAAUGAAUUGGUUGAGUUGGAUGAGUUGAAUGAAUUGGUUGAUUUGGAUGAGUUGAAUGAAUUGGUUGAGUUGGAUGAGUUGAAUGAAUUGAUUGAGUUGGUUGAAGAUGGAUAA